GCCUCGGGAGGUGUCUCUGUGCGCCCGGGGAGGUGCCCGCAGGCUGUGGCGUGAGGAGAAGCGGCCUGGAGGGCCCCGGGCUCCUGCCGCCCCCGGGCUCCUGCCGACCCGGGCAGCAUGACCACGCUCCUCGGGGGAAUCCUGCAGCUUCUGCUCACCGAAGCCGAUGCGAUCCUGAUAGACCAACGGUUCGGGAAUAAAUGCAACACUUCAGCGCCAUGGUUGGGGACCUGCCAUUCGGUUCUGUGCGUCACCGCUGGCGUCAUCUGCGGUGGGCAUGCAGACUCACGUUUCCAUUAUGGAGACCAGUUUGCUGUACUGCCAGCUGCAUCUUGCCUGGAGAACAGAAGGCUUCAGGCAGGUCUCAUAGCAGCCUUCCAGUAUCCGAAGGGGCGUACAGGAAAUCUGGAGAGGGACUUUAUACAAGCGCUUGCAGCAAGAGGACAUGGGACAGAGCCGGACAGUCAACUAAUACAUUUUAGAUCAAAAGGAGCCUUGGGGUUUCAGCAUCCAGUGAGACUUUAUUUGCCCAAGUCUAAAUCCCAAAAGUUUCUUAGUAGCAGCGGAGAAAAGGUUCUGGCGAGUUUUCCAGUACAAGCUACAAUUCACUUCUACAAUGACGACACCGACUCUGAGGAAGAUGAAGAAAACAGUUCAGCUUAAUAACAAACUGUGGUCAGCCUUGACAAACAUAAAAAAUUAAAAUAAAAUCAAGAGGUAAAAAAGGAACUGUCACAAAUAUCUGAAUGAACAAAAAACCACAUCAAAGCUCAAAAUAAAAUUAUUUGUAACUACCUUACCAAGAAGAAUGAGUCAAUGCAACUGGAACUAGGAGGAAGUCCUUUUGUGUCUUGAAAGACACUUAAAUAAAACUCUGAAGCUGAACAAAAGAUUAUAAUGUUUUGAAUUUAGUUGGUUUAAGUAACACAGAUUAAGAACAUUAAUACCACUGUACUUAGGUGUUCACUAUUUUUUUACAUUGCAGUCCUGACAAAAUGAAAAUGAGAUUGGUUAUGGGGCAAAAUAACACAAUGUACAGCCCUAAAAGAACCUAAAGGCUUUGAAACACAGUAUUUGUAAGAAUUCAAGUAAGGAAUUAUUUAAAACUUAAGAUACUAGUGCUUCUUAGUAUCAUAUGGCAUGUUUAUUCUGAUACAAAUGCUGCAUAUAACAAAUUGACCUAAUCCAUUUCAAGAGAUAUUCCAGUAUAACCCCCCAUCAAGACAAAUUAUAGAUUACAGCUGUGGUAUUUUCUGGGGUUGUGUUAUUCUAUUAUCAAAUUUCCCCCCUCUAGUCUGAAAAGUGCCUUAUUGUCAGUAAGAAAAUAGUCAGCAUUGAUUAAAAACUAUGGUUUAAUGACACAUUAAAAUAUGCAUUCUGUGCAACCUUUGUUUUUGUCUUCACCACAAUAUUAAAAUCUUAUUUCCAUG